GGAAAUCAAUAGGCUCUUUCUCAUCCACUCACAUUUGUCAUCUUCCUACUGAAGGAAACAGAACAAGUCAGAACUAUUAUAUUUCAGAUUUGAAAACCCUAACAUUUCCCAUAAAAAAUGGCAUUGCAGCUCCGAGCAGUGGGCAACACUGGACUGAAAGUGAGCUCGGUGGGGUUCGGGGCUUCUCCUCUGGGCAAGGUUUUCGGGGAUGUCUCUGAACAAGACGCCUUCGCUGCCGUGCGUGAAGCAUUUCGCCUCGGCGUCAAUUUCUUUGACACUUCCCCGUUUUAUGGAGGAACAUUAUCGGAAAAGGUACUAGGGAAAGCUUUAAAGGCUCUUGGAGUGCCCAGAGAUCAGUACAUUGUGUCCACAAAAUGUGGGAGGUACAAAGAGGGAUUUGAUUUCAGUGCUGAGAGAGUGACUAAAAGCAUUGAUGAGAGCUUGGAGCGGCUGCAACUUGAUUAUGUUGAUAUGUUACAGUGUCACGAUAUUGAAUUUGGGUCCCUCGAUCAGAUUGUGAAUGAGACGCUUCCCGCCCUUCAAAAACUGAAGCAAGCUGGAAAGAUCCGUUUCAUUGGUAUAACAGGCCUUCCUUUGGGGGUAUUCACUUACGUGCUCGAUCGCGUCCCUCCAGGCACAGUUGAUGUCAUCCUGUCAUAUUGUCACUACAGUAUCAACGAUUCAACUUUGGAGGAUCUGUUGCCAUACCUGAAGAGCAAGGGUGUCGGAGUGAUCAGUGCUUCUCCUCUUUCAAUGGGCCUUCUUACUGAGGCUGGAGGUCCAGAGUGGCACCCUGCUUCUUCUGAACUUAAGGCUGCAUGCCGAGCUGCUGUUGAUCAUUGCAAAGAAAGGGGAAAGAAUAUCUCAAAAUUAGCCUUGCAGUACAGCUUAGCAAAUACCGAUAUUUCUUCCGUACUAGUGGGGAUGAAGUCCGUUAAAGAGGUGGAGGAAAAUAUAGCAGCUGCCCUAGAACUAGCAACUGCUGGGAUAGAUGAAGAAACAUUAUCAGAGAUCACAGACAUUCUGAAGCCAGUGAAGAAUCAGACAUGGCCUAGUGGUAUCCAACAAAGUUGAUUUGUUUGACAGUUCAAUGAGCUGUGAAAUAAGGUCUUGUGAUCACCUUCUUGUGUAUGUUUAUUUUCACUUGGACAUAUAAAACUGGUCCGAGUUGAAAUUGUAUGUUGUAUUCUUUGAGCUUUUACCUAUCCAAUUUGAAAAAAAUGAAUAAAUGUUGCAUUGUUCAAGU